UGAGCUGAUGGGUUUCCUCUUCUCUGAGGGCAUAAAAAUGUGAGGCUGCUGCUGUCUGUCCUCUCUGUUUACCUAUCGCUUUAUUUCGUCUUUCCUCCAGCUCACCGAAAGGCUGUCUCAUUUUUGCUUUUGACUCUAUCCCACCCAAGUCAUCCCAACGAUCUGAAUCGCAGCAAACAAACUCCCUCACCGGCAGAGACGCAUGAGAGAGACUAAGAUCAUGGUUCAGCUGUCACCAUCUCGGACCAUAGAGACGUUGACUCCCUCAGAGUUGACCGUGGAGAAGGAGGAUGGCCUGGACAGCCCUAAAUCCGGGUCCCCUCGAGUGCUCACCGCCCUCCAGCUCGCCCUUAAUCCGUCCGCAACCACCUACUAUGGCUACGAGAAGUACAUCGAGGACGGCCUCAUCUGCCUCAAGCACAAGAUCCGUAACAUUGAGAAAAAGAAGCUGAAACUGGAAAGCUACAAUCAGAGGCUGAAAAAGGGGGAAAAACUAAAUCAAGACCAACUGGAGGCUGUGGGCAAGUACGAUGAGGUUGUCCACAAUCUUACAUUUGCCAAAGAGCUCCAGAAGACCAUUAGUGCCCUCACACAAGAUUUGUUGAAGGCUCAGCGGAAGAUUGUUCGCCAAGAGAAGAUCAUGAGGAUCGAACAAGACCGGAAGCGCCUGAGCUUGAUUCUCCAGGUGCAGUACGUCCUCAACAGCCUGCAGAGAGAGGACGUCCGGAGGAACUUCUGCAACUCCAGACAACAUUCCCGUUACCUGACCACAAAGGACACCGAGAGUUUGCUGGAUCUGGCAUCGUUAUUGGGAUGCAAACGAGACCAUAAGAUGAGUUUAGAGGAUCAGAUGGAACAGGCUGCUAUUGUUUACGCCGAGCUGCUGGAAGGGAAAGAAAGACCAGUUGCUGGCUCAACUUAUAAGCACAUGAAGGAGAAGCUACUUCAGCUAGUGGACUGUGGCUUUUUUGACCACCUACCACUUCCUAAAGUUGAAAUUCAAGAGAAGACUGAGGCCGUGAAGGCUGACCCUCCAUCUAGGCCUUGUAACCUCUCCACAUUAGUGAAGCUGAGCUCAAAAGAAGUCCCUCCCAAAGAGUUUCUUAACAGACGAUACCUACCUGAAACGAACGUCGCCGAGCAUAGACCGGAUGAGAAGGCUUCGCCCCGUAACUGGAAGGAUGACUUUUUGGCUAUGAAGGAAAGGGAGCCACCGGACUCAUGGGAAAUGGAGUUUUCUGAUCCUCCUGUAUCCUCUCAGUCCCCCAUACAGAAGCCAUGGAAAGGGGCAGCAGGAUUGAUUCCUAAGACCACAGACAUCCGUAAGAGACCCACGGUUGACCCCAAGGAGAAACGUCAAAAGAAGACCAAGGUUGAGCAGGACUCCAAAUCGGUGCGUUAUUUAGAGCCAUCAAACUCAUUUAUUCCAAAGCAAUUUAAUCAUUGUUUUUAUGCUUUAUACUUUCAGACUCCCGUCGCAGUGGAAGUCUUUAGCUCUCCAUCUCCGCUACCACAAGACCCUGUUCAGCGUAAACAGCAGCUGGAGACUCUAAUGGACCAGAUCUCUGGCUCAUUCAGCUUCAUGCAGGAGUCUCAUCUGGAUGGAGAAACUUCACCUGGAAACGGUCGUGCAAGGAGAUGCCGUCCAUCUCCAGGCUGCUCUACUCCUCUUGCACAAAGGGAACUGCCAAGAAGCCCGUCGGAUAGUCUUCCUCCAUCCCAGCUGAGCACUCCUUUACAGAUCCUGCUGUCUGGCGAGGGUAAAGGCUGUCUGUCAAAUGGAGACCGUUCUAUAACCAGCUCUGACCUGGAUCUACACCAUGAAGAUAAGCCACAUAAGCAAAGUGAGGGCUUCACCUCUCCUCCGCUGUACCGCAGGGGAUCCUCCAUCUCAGUCCCUCUUGAAAAUCAAGGCACUGUACAGGCAGGAAAGCAGAUGUUAUGCAAUGGCGUAUCAACCUCUGUGGUUGCGCAGACAUUUACAACCCCACCUAGUCACCGAUCCAUCAGUGCAGAAAACUUCAACAUCCACUCUGUGUUUAAUGUGGCAUCUUUGCCAAUCAGUGAGAGCUCAGGGAUGAAGUCGGAUGAGAGUGGAUUCUCUGAGUCUAUGAAUCUGAGUUACACGUCAGCCAAAACCCAGUGUUAUUCCACCGCAAGCACCCAGACGCCACCUGAACUCAACCUACCUGAAGAUGACCUACAGAUUGAAGGCCAGUACCAGCUGGAGUGUCCGGUCAGUGCAGGUGGUCACAUGUUCUCCACACCUCAGCCACAGUCUCGUCUGAGUCAGUCCUGCUACCCCCGUGGUACAGCGAGAGGUAUGACGCGUGCAGGCAGGGGUUUGGGUCACUCAUACAGAUCACCUGGUGGCUACAGAGGUGGUUAUGAGGCCUACAGAGUGAAUAUGCGUUCUCCAGGUUUCAUAUCCCAGACACACAGAGACCCUGGAUCUGCCAUUUAUAUGUCUAGAGAAAACGGGUAUCAGCAGAGCUUCAAACGAGGUGGAGGCACAGCAACUCAAAGGAGCAAUGCUGGUUGGAGUGACUCUUCUCAGGUGAGCAGCCCAGACCGGGAGGGUGCAUAUCCGCUCGACUCGGGAAUCAGUGACACACUCUCCAUCCCGCCAAUGGAAGUGCCCAUCACGCCCCAGGGCCCACACACUAUGAUGCCCAUACACAUGUACCCGCUCAACCAACUGCGCGUGGCUUUCUCCGCCGCCCGCGCGGCCAACUUCGCCCCUGGCACUCUGGAUCAGCCGAUCUCCUUCGAACUGCUGCACACCAACAUCGGCGAAAUGUUCGACACGACCAGCGGCCGUUUCACCUGUCCUGCUGCCGGCACUUACGUCUUCCUCUUCCACAUCUUGAAGCUUGCCAUCAGCGUGCCCUUGUACAUCAACCUCAUGCGCAACGAAGAGGUGAUGGUGUCCGCGUAUGCCAAUGACGGCGCUCCGGACCACGAGACCGCCAGCAAUCACGCUGUCCUCCAGCUGUUCCAGGGUGACCAGGUGUGGCUGCGGCUUCACCGCGGCGCCAUCUAUGGCAGCAGCUGGAAGUACAGCACCUUCUCUGGUUUCUUGCUGUACCCGGACUGAGCGUCUCUCUAAAUGGCCACAAAAAGGGAGGAUGGGGCGUUUUGGAUGUUCUUUGAAAGCUACUCUGCACUUUAUUGCACUUUUGGUUACGCAUGGUGCAACUGCAUGUUUGAAAGAUGUACAAAAGUCAGUGAUAAAGCUAAUGUAGGAUGUUUUGCUGGUGAACGUUUACAUGGGUUUACCUGGGUUGUUCUUUUUAUUUGAUUAUUAUUUAAUAGACUUUUAUUUUCCAGUGUUUUUGAAAGUCUUUACUGUGUACUUGGGUGCACAAACCCGGAACCCAACGUGAAAUCCUAACUUUCCGAAACGUCUUCAGGUGUUUGUUAGAUGGCCCUGUGUUCACUCCUGUUCAUUUUAGAUGACGUUUCCCAGCCAUACAAAAGUCUGCAACAUGGUGCCUUUGUUUUUUGGGUCGUUGAACAAACGCAUCGCUUUGCAAGAAUGGAGGAUUUUUUUUUUUUUUCUGGUAAUACUUGACAUGUUGAGCACUUUAAAUUGACUUGGUGGCCUUGUUGGGGUUUUGGGUGUAUGUGUGCUGCUAAUCUGCGUGUUUGUCUGUGGAAUAAUGUGAGUGAAUCAGUUGAACACUGACUCCGCCUAGAAGGCGUUUAGGCCAAAAUUGCUCCCUCUUGUGCCUGAAAUAAAAAUGUGCAGUUCA